AUGGCCUCCAUUUUCACCUGCAAUAUUCAAGCAGAAGGAGUUAGGAGUCUUAUUUUGGUAAUACCUUUAUCAUUGUAUUUUAUUUCAUGCAACAUCACUGUGGUUUCCCCCCACCCACCCAUUUUCUUUACACAGAGACACAAACUGACACCCUGCCAAAAAGAAAUGGAAAACCUGUCCACUCUGACAGAAUCUACCACGACAGAAUUCACUCUGCUGGGAUUUUCUGACAUCCGAGAGCUUCAGAUUUUACAUUUUGUGGCGUUCCUUUCCAUUUACUUGGUAGCUCUGAUGGGAAAUUUACUCAUUAUCCUAAUUGUAGCCUAUGAUCACCAGCUUCAUGGUCCCAUGUAUUUCUUUCUUGUGAAUUUAGCGGUUUCAGAUGUUUGCUAUAUCUCAAUCACUAUUCCAAAGUCCAUGACUGCUUCACUGACAAAUAUCAGACUGAUUUCCUUCUAUGAAUGUGUUUUUCAAGUUUUCUUGGUUAUCACCUUUGCGGGGGUUGAGCUGUCUUUUCUCACUGUCAUGGCAUAUGACCGCUACGUGGCCAUCUGCCAUCCUUUACAAUAUAGCAUGAUCAUGAACUGGAAGGCCUGCUUCCAAAUGGCAGCUGCUUCUUUGAUCAGUAGUGCAAUCAAUGCAACAAUUCACACUGUAAGCACAUUCAGGUUACAGUUUUGCAAGUUUAAUAUACAACAGUUCUUUUGCAACGUCCCUCAAUUAUGGAUGCUUUCUUGCACAGAUCCAGUGGUCAGUCAGUCGCUUGUUAUCGCUAGCGCAUUUACAGUGGCCUUGUUUUGCCUUCUCUUUAUAUUGGUUUCUUAUGGGUUCAUUUUCUCAACUGUACUCAAGAUUCAGUCAGCUCAAGGGAGGCAUAAAGUCUUCUCCACCUGCACCCCGCACUUGAUUGUUUUGUCUUUGUUUUUUACAACUGCUGCAUUUUCUUACUUGAGACCAAAAGCCUUGUCCUCUCCCCCUGCAGAUCUGAUGGCUGCCGUCUUGUACACAGUUUUGCCACCGCUAGUGAAUCCCAUCGUUUAUAGCCUGAGAAACAAAGAAAUCUAUGGGGCUAUGUCAAAAAUGUCAAAGAAGUAUACAUUUCACCGUGUGAUUUCAUGCACCUUUCCCAAGAAAUUUAAGUUUUCAGGAAGAGAAACCAAUUGA